AUGGCGGAUACCGGCGACGACUCCAACCACGUAUCAGAGCCCCUCGACCUCGUGCGGUUAUUACUGAAUGAGGUUGUCUUCGUGAAGCUGAGAGGCGACCGAGAGCUAAAGGGCAAGCUGCACGCAUAUGACAGCCAUUGCAAUCUGGUUCUAGGAGAGGUUGAGGAGACCAUUUAUGCAGUGGAUGAUGACGAUGAAGAUGAGGAGGUCAAGACCAUCAGCAGAAAAUCAGAGAUGCUCUUUGUUCGAGGCGACAGUGUUGUCUUAAUAUCACCUCAUGUGCCGCUCUGA